AUGCCCUUGACUGCCCAUGUGGGUCGACUCCAGCUGGAUGAAGGCCCUCUCAAUCGACCUUUGAACCGGGGUAAGGACGUGUCCAACUCAGGCGAGGGGAAAACGACUGUCAUGAUCAAGCGAAUUCCACGGACUUAUACUGUCGCUAUGCUACGUGACGAGCUUGAGGCAGCGUGUCCUAUGAUGAAGGACGGUGGAUAUGAUCUCCUCUAUCUCCCCGUUGACACGGCCAAAAUUAGCAACCGUGGCUACGCAUUUGUAAACUUUACAUCACAUGAAUGCCUUUGCGCAUUUGUUGCAUCGAUGCGCAAUCGUCCGUGGCAGAGGUUCUCUCCUGGUUCUAAACGAUGCGCUGAGAUCUAUUUCGCCCACAUUCAGGGCAGAGAAGAGACUAUACGUAAUGUAGACCCGACAGGCAGUAAGAACACCACCUCCCCUGCAUAUCAGAGUAUUGGUGAUGAAAAUGUGUGGGUGAUGGGUUUCAAUAUAGAGCCAGAGCUAACGAUGCUGGGAGCCCAUCCUCAGCUCGGCCUUGGUUGGGUCCCACCCCCGAGAGUGCGUUAA